AUGAAAGUCCAGCACAGCUUGGAACUCGCACCACCGCAAACGCAGGACCCCAAUACUUAUGGCUAUACAAGUGGCAGCGAUCUUAAUAUUCAAGGUAAAAACACAGCAUUCAAUGGACUGAAUAUUGAGCACUUUGAGAUGGAGGAACUACAGAAAAUAAAAAACGAUGGCGUCGAUUUGCAUCCUCCGACGAACCUGGAGAUUAAUCACAUCCUGUCCGAGUUCCCGGAGGGAGCAGACAUGCUCGAUGACAGGAGUAAAUCGAGCAAGACCGAAGAAGAGACUGAAACGGUACAUUUGCAGGUUUCCCCGAACGAAUCCCUCAUCAAAACGAAACAGCAGACAGAUACCGUUGGUAAGCAAAAUGAUGAGGCAAUAGUGGAUCCUCAAAAAAUUCAGGCAUACGCUAUGCUGGAUUUCGACUCUUUUACAUUUUACGUCCAGACAAUGCAGAUUCUUUUAGGAAGAAUGGUAGAAGGGGACUCCCUCACAGAUGCGUUGGAUAUCCAUUUGGGUAAUCAAAAGGCCAUUUCCAGAAGACACGCUAAAAUAUUUUACAAUUUCGGAAACCAACGAUUUGAACUCAGUGUUUUGGGUAGAAACGGGGCCUUUGUCGAUGGAAACUUUGUUGAGAAAGGUGUCACUGUGCCAUUAUCUGAUGGAACCAAGAUUCAAAUAGGAGAGACGGAGUUUGCGUUUGUGCUCCCCAAUAAGGAGAGAGAAUCCGUGCCAGUUGUUGCUCCUCCGACUGACCAGAUUGAAAGUUUGGACAGCCUAGUUGCAAAUUUCGACGAGAUAAAGAAAGAGAUUCAAAGCGAUAAGUUACUGAUGAGCAAAGAUCCGCAUGUUCUCAAUAUGGUGCUCGACCCAGAUGCCCAAAAGCUCCGGGAGUUGGAGAUUGAAAAGGAAAUAGGGAAAGUGCUUGCUCGUGAGCAUCCUGAGGAUCAGAAUGUUGCCCAUUUAGAAAAUACCAUAGACGGUGAACUAUCACAGACAAAUACGAAAAAGAAAUCAACUUCGAAAUCGAAGUCUGGAAAAGGCUCCGACUCAAGCAAGGACAACGACGCAUUACAAGAUCCUAUCAAGGCUGAAUCAAAGGCAAAGGCUAAACCUAAACGACAGCCUAAGGCAAAGAAGAAAGUUUAUACCAUUGAUGAAAUACCCGAACAAUAUAGAACCAAACCAAACCUUCCGUAUUCGAUUUUGAUAACGGAUUGUUUACGACAGAAAGGAACGGAAAAGGGGAUGUCACUGUCGGAAAUCUACAAGGGAAUACAAGAGUUAUAUCCAUAUUACUUUUAUUGUCCAGAUGGCUGGCAAAGUAGUGUCAGGCAUAAUCUCUCAUUGAACAAAUCUUUCAGAAAGAUCUCCAAGGAAGGUAAGGGAUGGCUCUGGGGAGUCAAUGAAGAGGUUGUUGCCGAAAAGGAUAGGGCCAGACAAAAACAGCUAGAGAACGCCAAGGCCAAGGGCAAGUCUUCAUCACCUUCAGCAUUAUCACCUAAAUUAGCACAACCGCCAAGACAAUUACAGGCCAACCUUCAUAUACACAAUCCAACUAGUAUUGGUUCCAAAAACAUCAAUGCAAAUGACUUGAACAACAGAAGCUCCGAUUCACUGCAAUACGCAAGUCCAUCAUCACAAAAUACUAAUCCAUCUGGUUCGAUACCUUUUGCACCAGCUGUCAGCAACAAAGCUAAUGAACAGCAAGUCGUAAAAGCAGAAAGUGCUUCGAAUAACACAAGCAGUACCAGUCAUAAUAAUAUGUCUGCAAAUACGAAAAAGGCACUGGCCUAUCUACAAAAGGAAUUGAUUUCACUUACAAAAUCACGGAAAAUGUACGACAGGGCAACAUCUACAGAGAUCUUGACAAAGGCACUGGCGAUGACUAUUUCUCAAGUCGAUCAGGCUGCCAAGAAUUUCUCAAUCAAAGGCUUCCCUCUUGUGAUAUUAAUUGACAAAAACCCAGGCCAUGUGACCAAAAUUCUGACAGCAGCUCUCAAUGCUGCUACUCUUCAAGUAUGUAAGCAAAAGGGAUUGACGCCGCAUUUACCACCGAAGAACGCCCCACCAACAGCCCAAAUACCGCCCAAUAAAGUCAACGCAAACACAGACUCUGCGACUCGAGCGACUGGUUCGAAAAGUACGCCCGAAUCUACUAAUAAAGCAACUACAAAGGUCGAACCUGGUACGACAAAUGAAUUUAACAAAAACGGUAAUGUUCCAAUUUUGCAUAUCAAGAAAGAGGGCACUGAAACUCGUGAUCCAAUUUUCCACAAAGUAACACCAAAGGUCCAAUCAGUUAUACCACCCUUGGCUACAAACAGUUCUAAAUUUACUGAUGAGGCAAGUGUCAGUUCUGGCUCAAUUUCGGUGUCAAAUAUUGGUAAUAUUAGUGCUAUUGAUUCGACUGCAACGGAAAACAAUAAUUCACUGACGCCGCCGGUACAACACACAGAUGCAGUGGGAUCAACAUUGCAAGCUACCACUAAACAAGCGACUGGUCCUGUUGUAUAUCAAAUUUCCAAGGCAGGGAUGAAACCAUCAUUUAAACCUGCAGUAAAACCAAUUAGUGGGGCAUCUGUAAAAUCUUUUGGUCCAUCUCAUCCUGCUAUACACCAAUCAUCGAUCAAGCCUAUCAAACCUGUCAGAUUAGGCGGAAUUUCAGGAACGGGAAUCAUUAAACCGCAGUUUUAUGCCAAGGGCAAAGUACCGGCCAUAGAGAACGCCAGAAAUGCAGCUGUUGAAGGAAUUAGUGAAGCGGAAGAGAUCAAGCGAAGCAUUGCGAAGUUUGGUAAGCCUACUGCCAAUGCUUCCGUGACCGUUAAUGACUCAGAGAAGAAAGCUGAGCUGGAGGCGAAAGAAGGAGUCCGUGAUGCUGAAAUAGAUCCUGUUGUUUCCAUCCAAGACAGUCAAAAGAGCACACAACCUAUAAUCGAAAACAAUGCCCCGGAGCAGUCAGUACCUUCAACCGAUGAAAGGCCUGAGCCUGCUAACAAGGAAACUGAAGAGACGACCAAAGAAUCUCUACCUCCUGAUGAUAAAAAGAUUGCUACCCUUCCACCGAAGAAGAGCAAAGAAGAUGGGGAAGGUGAUGACGAACUCGAUGACGAGUUGCACAUGAUGCUGGCUGAUCUCGAAAAGGAUGAGGAUCACGAUGAGCCAGAAAAUAAGAAGAGAACGAUUGAGGAAGUAAGAGAACAGGCCGACCGAAAAGACGCAGAAGGUAACGGAGAAACUAACGAAGAAGUAGAGGUCGAAGGAGGCGACGAGAAGAGGGUCAAGACGGAUCCAACUGGUAUGUAG